AUGUCGCAUCACAAUCGCCCUCACCAUUCUCGAAAUCAACACAACGGCCAGGGAAAUCGUCAGCACGGGAAUAGAGGAGCUCCGCCAGUUCAUAAGCCGAAUACGAUCACUGUCAGCCAAGCUUUAGAAGACAUUGAGCAGUUCCAAAAUAAAUAUGGAUUCAGCAAUACGGAUAGUAUGCAAGAUCGAAGCAGAGAAUUAAACUAUAAACAGGAAGAAAGUGCUCUGUCAAAUAAAUUUCAAGAAGCGCUUGGGAUUAACCAGGGUCAAAUAAAUGGAUUAGUAAAGCUUCAGCAUGCGGACGCGAUUCGAGCUUUCAUGGAAGAUCCAAAGCGUCACGAAUACGCCGCAUUCAGAACAUUCGAGUUCAUCUUCCGAAUUCCGGAGCAUCUUGAUUUCGACAGAUUGAACAGAGAGAGCACCUCGACAAACGAGAUGCGUUACAAACUGUUGUGUAAGCUCAUGUCACUUGGCAUCUGUAAAGCGUGCGCUGGUCUAGUCGACAAUCGGGACAAACGGGAUGAUCACAGAUACAAUCGGACGUUGAAUGCGAUUGCGUUGUGGAUGAAAAUUAAUCAUAAGAAGAUCGCGCACUCCCUGGCAAAGCAGGUCUACAAAGAAUACUCCUUUACAUCUCCAGCAGGAGGCGAUCUGUACAAACUCGCGCUCGUCAGUCCUCGUCUUUGCGCAAUGCUCAUUUCUUGCUUUGGCGAAAUCUAUCGCGAUUCUCUUCCUCCCCCUCUCUUGCUCGAUAUUAUUGCGACUUGGUUAGAUAACGAGCCCCUUUCUUUGUUCUAUCCGCUCUACCAGAACUCGAAUAUAUGGCUGGGUUUUCUAAAACCAGAGCACUACACGGAUGCAAACAAAUUUAUUCCAAUGGCUGGAUUGAAAGAUUUAAUUGCUUGGAGCAUACGCUUGGCGCUAGAAAACAACGAAAAAGAUCCGUGGCGUUAUCAUCUGGUUCUUAUCCGUAGUAUUUCGACCCUGACGAAAGUUCAAAGCAAAAUGACGCAGAGAAAGAAUGAACUUCGUCUAUGGCCACGUGAGUCGAUCCGCGCGCUCGUAGGAGAGCUCAUGCAAGUUUCCAAAAAGAUGGAUGAUCAGUUGACCAACGAUGGGUCGGCCAAGGCAGAUACUGUCAUGGAAACUGUGAUAGAUAGAUUCGCGCAAAUAGCUCAUGCUAUGAAAUGCCAAGGCGCCAUGAAAGACUGCUCUCCUGCCCAAUUCAAUUCGCUUGUCUGUGUACUGCCAAGGACAAAAAUGCUAGACAUUGCUUCUGGCACCAAAUAA